AUGGCCUCUCGUCAGCCCUCGGACCCCCGAGAGGUUCCGCCAGGCUCUAUCCUGCUCGUCGUCCAUGACUUUAUUGCCCGCAGCCCCGACGAGCUGAGCCUGGCCAAGGGCGACCGCAUCGAACUCAUCGAGCGAGACGACGACUUUGGUGAUGGCUGGUUCCUCGGUCGCCAUAUGACCACUAGUGCCACCGGCCUGUUUCCUGAAGGUGAGCAGACACGCACAACCAUCGCCUCUCAAACCUCGUGA